AUGUGUUUUUCAAUGGAAAUGUCUGCUGCAUUUGCAGCUCUUGGUCUUUUUGCAUCUUGGUGGAUAUGGUCAAAAACAUCCAAUACUCAAUUAGCAAGUGGUGUUUUCUUCUUUUUUACAAUGGAAUUAUUACAAGCAAUUCAGUAUUUAUUUAUUGCACCUAAUAUUGAAUCACCUAUCUGUAAUACAGUUAUUAAUCAAGUCUUAACAAUUGCUGGAUUUUUACAUAUAUGUUUACAACCUUAUUUUUGUCAUGUUAUUAAUGCAUCAUUGACAAAAAAUCAGAAAUAUAUUGAUCGUUAUCUUGUUAUUAAACGUUUAUGUUUAAUUGGUGGCUUUAUGUUAUUCGGACGAUUUUUAUUGGCUUAUAAAUGGCCGCAAACAUUGAAUGGUUCAUCAACAGAAUGGUUACGUGGUUCAAAAUUAUGUACAUUUCGAGGAAAUCAUCAUCUUGCUUGGUCAAUACCAAUGGCUGAUCCAACAUAUAUCAUACCAGGUGCAGCUAUUCAUUCAUUUUUAAUGUUCGCACCAUUUUUUGCAUUAUAUGAAAAGAAAGGCAUGGUCAUUCAAGGAAUAUUUUUAUUUGUUUUUGGACCUUAUUUAGCUGGUCUUAUUACACCAAAUUUAAUGGAACAAGCAUCAAUUUGGUGUUUCUUUUCUAUUGCACAAAUAUCCAUUAUGUUAUUUUGUAUUCGAGAAUCCUUAAUUAUCAAUUGGGGACGAAAUAAAAGUGGUCAUACAUCAUUAAUUAGUGGAAAAAAAACAGAUGUAGUCAAAGGAAAUGUUACUCAUGAUGAAAAUAUUGUCGAAUACGAUAAAAAACAAAGAAAAUUAGCUUAG